GCCUAAAGUCGUACACUCGUUCCAGUUAAGGCCUCACCCUCUCUCUCUUCCCCACCUUCUCUUCAGAUUAGAUCCGUUGUUUUUUGGUGUCGUGCCCUAGCAAUCCCAUGCGGCCAUAGGCCUCUGCACGGGCUCUCCGUCUCCGCAGCCUAUCCUUCGCCGCGUAAUUCCGAUAUUGGAGCCGCCAUGGCAGCGGACCCUCAAAAUCUCCCGCAAAAUCCACACACGCAGCAGCGGCAACAGCAGCAGCAACCUUCUGCUUUAUCGUCCGCGGAGGAUGAUGCCCUCAAGAGUAACACAGACUGCGUCUACUUCCUUGCCUCGCCUCUUACCUGUAAGAAGGGAAGUGAAUGUGAGUAUCGCCAUAGUGAAUAUGCUCGGGUUAAUCCAAGGGAUUGCUGGUUCUGGUUAAAUGGAAAUUGCUUGAAUCCGAAGUGUUCCUUCCGCCAUCCUGUAUGUCCUAGUUUUGUGUUUCCAUAUUUUAUUUCUGCAAUAAUAGGUUUUAAAAGUGAUGCAUUCUUGGUAUUUGAACAUCAUUUAUUCUAUUAUGAAAUGAUAUAUAUAAGUGCUUUUUGUGUCUCUUUUCAGCCUCUUGAUGGCUUGUUAGGAACUCAAGCGGCAACUUCUGUUGGAUCUUCUCUGCCUACUUCACAGCCUGCACCAUCAGCUGCAGUGCAUGCUCCUCAGAGUGCGAGUAAACAAGCAGUCCCCUGCAUUUUCUUCCAAAAGGGGCUCUGCCUCAAAGGUGAUAGGUGCGCCUUCUUACAUGGACCAAAUUCUGUUAAUAAAGUGCUGCAGGUUCCAACGGCUGCAUCCAUUACUGAACCUCCAUCACCUAAGAAGGCUUUCGGUGGUCUUGCAAAGUGUAUUCAGGAACCAAAGAUUUCAAAAGCAAACAUCUUGAAGUCAUUUGAAUUACCCCCACUGGUGAAACCAGCUGGGGAAACGGAAACUGCCCUAGAUAAAAAUGAAGUUUCCAUUCACAGAACUUUACCACCAGCUAUAACUGUAGAUGCUGAGCCUCUUAGAUACAAGGCAACAACUGUGCCUCCGGUUAAUAAUGGAAGCUCCAAUAGCAGGUCCAACCGCAUGCAUCGAGGUCUUGUGUCUGAUGAUCACAGUAAGGAUGCUGAUGAUUCCAUAAGGGAAUCCUCUCCUGGUUUUGAUGUUCUUGUUGACGAUGAGCUCAGGGGCUCUGAUUUCUAUCACAAUGAAGAUCAAUUUGGAAGAACUAGAAGUCACGAAGGAAGAAAUCUAAACUCUAUGAAUGAAUUUGAUCUUGGUCGUUCUGCAGAUUACAGUUCUAUGGUUGAUGUUGACAGAGAAAGGUUUCGUGAUUCACAUGGCUAUGAUUCUUAUGAGUUCUUGCAAGGGCAAUAUGCUUGGGAGCAGCGCAGGGCUUCAUCUGAGAGGAAGUUAGUGGGAACAACUCAUGUGGAGAGGAGAGGUUACCCUAAAGCUGACAGUCCUGAUCAAAUUGAGGAGUCAGAUUUGCGGCUUCGUUUAUUGAAGCAAAGAAGGGUUAAUGACUUGAGGUCAGGUCAUGAUUAUGACCAUGACAGCCGUAUUGAGGAGCGAAGCUGUCGGGGUCCUCAUAGGGACUCGCAUUAUUUACCCCCACAUGAGAGUUCCCUUAGUAAUCGCCUUCGGGGUAGAAUUAAGCUUCCACGGAGAUCAUCUCCCAUCAAUGGAAAUGAAUUGCAUUCGGAAAGGGAACUUGAUAGGGGAAGGAACCGGAGCAGAAUGUCACCUGGAAGGCCACAAACUUCAUCUCAUCAGGGUAGGGUCCAAGAUAGAGUUAAAGGAGUGGUGCAGGAUUUCAAUAAUGAGGCAAGAAAUUUUUGGGGUCCACGGAUGAAGAGAGACAUACUGGAUGACAAAAGCGCCGAUUUUGCUGGUCCGAAAAGCCUUGCGGAGCUGAAAGGAGGGAAGAAUGCUGAAAGCAAGGAACAGUUAUCUUCUCUUGGAAGGCAGCAAAAUCUAAAGGUUGACAGUCAUCAUCAGUCCGAGGUUGAUCUUUCAUUUGAAGGCCCCAAGCCUCUCAGUGUAAUUCUGAAGAGAAAAAGGGAGGCUGAAGCAGCGGUAUCUGGAAGUGUAAUGUUAUCUGACAAUAAUGAAGAGAAUAAUAAGAAGAGUAAGGAAAUCUCGACUGGGAGCUCCAAGACUACAUCAGCUAUAGAGACACCUGGUGUUCUUCCCCCAGUAUCAGGGAAAGAGACUGGCAAUAAUCGUGUGCUUGGAAAUGAGGGAGAAUACAAAUCUGCAGUGGCUGCAGUCACAUUUGAAGAAGAUAAUGAAAAUAAUGAAGUCGCUGAUGGGCAGUCAUCUCAAUUACAGAGGACAAACGAGAAUGAGGUUGAAAUGGAAGAUGGUAUGAUCCUUGAAGAAACAAUGGAAGAUCAUGAGCUUGAAGCCUUCGACCAGAGGGAUGCAGACUAUGAUUAUGAGAAUGUUGACGAGGGAGAGUUUGAUUUAGGUGGGGGUGAAAAUCCAGACCCUGAUGAGUACUUUGAUGACGAAGAUGGGGAUGAUGGGGAUGACUUUGCUAAGAAGAUUGGUGUUAUGCUUACAUGAGAUUGAAAGAAAGCCAAAAGUUAAGCUCGUCUAGGUUGGUUUUGAUUUUCAGAUAAGCAGUUUAGCUGCAAUGUAUUAUCCACAGUAGGGAUCUUAAGCCUUGUGUUACCUCUUCAUUGUAUGUAGAACAAUUUAAUGCAAAAUUUUUCAUUGUGGUUGAGGCAUUUUGGCAUGCCUAGCACAGAGCAUGAUUAACAGUAGAAAGGCCGAAUAAGAAAAAAUUGCCAUUUAUCUUUCUAAAA